CGUACUUUGAUUUAAGAUACGAACCGUUGAAUGUUCCGAGACGAGUGUACCAUAACAAAAUCACAUAUUUGUACGCGUACCGCAAUAAAAACACCCUUUUCGGACUUCGAAGUGUCACAUAGUGAUCGUGACAUAGCCUAAGUAGACUUCGGUUAUCAAUUCGGCUGCAUUGAAACAGUAGGAUUUUUCACGUUUAAAUUUCAAUUCCACCUUUCCGCAGUCUCCUCUUCCCGGAGGAGUCAAUUCACCACUUUUUACUUUUGCUUUUGUUUCUUGCGACGUACGUGACAAUAAGGCGCUCAUGGACGACGGCAACUAACUCAUCGGUGAUUUGUGUUACCUGCAGUUCCAGAUGAAAUGGCCACUCGCGUGGCGUCGAAUGCCACUUUAAACGACGCGGAGGAGCUGACAAAACAUCUGAGUGAAGCUCUGAGCAUUGGGAAUGAAGAGGAGGCGGUCACACUGAGCCUGAAGUUGUGCCGACUUUCUCUGCCGGUGUGCGUCAGCAUUAGCAGCCUGGUCUACCCUGCGGACGCCAUCAGGUUGGCGGUGGGUGUGGAAGACGCACAGUCCAACGCCGCAGUGUUGGUGACUGUGAUGGUUACGUGCGGAAUGACCAUCUCCCAACUCAAAGACGAGUUCAACCAGAUAUAUGGCUUCCACCCGACGCUGCAGCGCUGGGUGAUCGGGAAGCGCUUGGCACGCGACCACGAGACGCUGUACAGUCACGGCAUUCGCAGCGACGGCGACUCGGCUUUCCUGUUUAUCUUGUCUGUCCACGCUUCUCAUCUCACGUGGCAGCGGCACCAUGUGAACGAACAGCAGCGUCGCCUUGAGGGCAUCACGGAAGAGACGAUUGAAGCGAUUCCCAAAGGGAAUGAUGGGGAGAAGUCUCCUUCAGCGGUGUUGCCACCUCUUCCUCCUCCUCCCCUUCCUGCUCCUGCUCCUCCUCCUCCUCCUCUUCCUCGUCCUCCUCCUCUUCUUCAUCUUCUUCCUCGUCGUCGUCCUCCUCCUCCUCCUCCUCCUCUUCCUCCUCCCCUUCCUCCUCCUCGAGUUAAACCUCGCCCGCAUCAGCCGGGCUGGGCGUGUCCUCGUUGUACAUUCGUCAACAAGCCAACUCGUCCCGGAUGUCAGAUGUGCAGCGAGGAGAGGCCAGAGGAUUACCACGUCCCUGAAGGCCACAAACCGGUCGGGGACGAGGCUAAGCGGCUUCAGAGGGAGAUGCAGGCCCUGUUCCUUUUAGAAAAGCGCUUAAAGGUUCAGAAAUCAAAGCGACGGCUCAACUACUUGCAAUUGCUGCAGACCGACGAUCUGAACAUCGUUCCCACUACCUCAGAGACUAACUGUCCCAUCUGCUUCUGUGCUCUGGAGCCAGGCACGGGCGUGGUGCUCAGGGAGUGUCUGCACACCUUCUGCAGGGAAUGUUUGCGGGGGACCAUCAUGAACUGUCAGGAUGCUGAGGUGUCCUGUCCCGAGCAGUGCGAUAUGAAGCUCGUCGAUCGAGAGAUCAAAGCGCUUCUCACGGAGCAGGAGCACGAGCGUUUUCUGGAACGACGUCUGCUUGUCGCCGAGAGACGCCUUGAGCACACCUUCCACUGUCGCACGCCCAACUGUCGAGGCUGGUGCAUCUAUGAGGACGGAGUCAACCAAUUCCACUGUCAGCUCUGCGGCCAAGUCAGCUGCAUUAUCUGCAGGGCUAUUCAUGAGGACAUGAAUUGUAAGGAGUAUCAAGAGGAGCUCCGCAUCCGGGCGGAAAAUGAUGAGCCGGCGCAGAAGACGCAACAGCUGCUGAAGCUCUUGCUACAGAGCGGCAAGGCCAUGAAUUGUCCGAAGUGCAACAUAGUCUUCCAGAAGAGAGACGGCUGCGAUUGGCUCCACUGCUCUGUGUGCAGGACGGAAAUCUGCUGGGUGACCAAACAAGCUCGCUGGGGACCCAACGGAAGGGGAGACACAUCCGGAGGCUGUAAAUGCCGAGUGAAUAAUCAGCGGUGCCAUCCCAACUGCGUCAACUGCCACUGACGCGCUUGUGCUGUUACGUCAGGGGUUCUCCAACUUUUUGGGUCCUGGGAGCCCUUACAGGGGAGAAAGUACAAGGACACCCUUAUUAUCCUAAUGGCAAUUAAACAUGACGGCUACAUGUACCUCAAAAUGCCACAGACAUUAAAAAGGGACCUAUUUUCGAGAAACUACUACUACCUUAUAUCGCCAACUAUGGCAUACGCAAACCAACUAUUCAGGGAAUACGCUCUUAUUUAUAUAUAUAUAACUAUGAUGGAGCAAUUUACGGUAUUGUAUUAACUAUGCACUUUUCCCCCUGUAUUUUACCUUUGUUUUUAUUCGACUGUUAAAAAAGAAAAACAUUAUAUGAGGGUCAAUAUAUCACUGGCAUUAUGGAGUAAGAAAGAAAACCUGCCAUUUUCAGUGAUAUUUUGUCUUUCUUGAAUAGAGGCUAAACCACUUGAUGGUUGCAGAAUAAGUAUUUGCACCUCGUUUAGUCAUUUUCAUAUUAUGUGUGCAGUUGGGAUUUAUUCAAGCUCAACAUGUCCACCCUGUCAUUGUGAAAUAACGAUUGAUAUGAAACUUUUCAGAAAUCUAUUUGUUAAACAGUACCCCGUUAGUUUGCGAAGGGAAUCAUGUUGCUAAGUGACGGUACACCAAGUGCGCAUAAAAUGCUAACGUUAGCCAAAACCAUCCACCCUGUUGGCAAGCGCACAUAUUAUAGACAAUAACAAGUCUGUGACAUGCUGACCUAGGAACACUGAAUUAUGGAAAAUACCGGCAAAUGCUUAAUAUGCCUCCUUUCAUGGUUUAUUAGCAUUCUCUUGUAGAGUACAAAUUUACUUUAGUAGGAUAUAUUUGUUAAAUAAAAUUUAAAAAAGGCAGAAAAAUCUAGUGCAACAUGAAUAAAGACAGCAAACACUUCAGACCAUCCUGGGAAAUAUCAUCGCGACAAGUAAUUCCUCCCAAAAAAUUCAACGUUUUCAGUUCGUCGGCUGCCAGGCUGUCCAGUGUUUCGAGGUGUAGAAGUUAAAAAGAAACCCUUGCGUGGACGCAAUCCCGCAAGUUACUUCAAUGUGCCUAAACACCUACGAUGUAGUGUCGAACUUCAUACUUCCCAUAGGAAAUAACAAAAAAAUAAUAAAUAAAUAAAUGACGUGUGCAAAAUUAGAGAAGGUCAGCACCAGUUUACUUGUAGGCUAAUAAUGUGUGCUCCUUCCAGCGGUGGUGACAAAAAAAAAUUUGAAUGGAUUUGACUGGCAGUGACGCACCAGAUACCUUACAGCGAUUCUCAAAGUAUGAAAGAAUGCCUAAGUGUAGUUCAGUUAUAUUCACUGGAUCUUUAAAGUUCAAUACAUUUGCAUCUAAUCUCAAGAAGUGAAUGUUAUCAACAUUUUUAAAAGGACUUUUUUUUUUUUUUUUUUUAAUUCCUUUACAACUAUUUUUCUUUUUACAUUUUAAUGUUGGUCAUGAUGGAACUUGGGAGAGUAUAUUUUUUUUUUUUAGGUGGUACUUGGUAUAAAAAGUUUGACAUCCAGUCUUACACUGAGGAGAUAUUGCCAAUCAUGAGUAUAUUUUUACAUGCUGGACCAAAUUAGUCUUAGACUAGUUGAGACAUGUUUGGUUUUGCCGAUGGCUCGAGAACCUGUUCUGCUUUUACCAAAACCAUCUCAGCAAAUUAAAAGUAAAUGAGCUAGUCACCGAUAGCUGGAGGAAUGUGAAAAGUACAACUGUACAGAAGAGGCGGACGGUGAAGUAGCAGAAAUUUAGGUGAAAUGAUAUAUCUGUGUACCAGUUCUUUACAGCUUACUACGAGAAACUUGUGAAUAGAAGAGGACUCUAACAAUCCGUCAUUUGGUCUCUGUCCUGAUAUGAAAUACCUUAAAAAUGCAAAUAACACACACUCGACAUGUGUCUAAUUGGCAGCAAAGGCCACAAUCAUCUAUUUCUAUUAGAAUUACUCAGUCGUCCUAACCCAAAAUAACAAGUAGACUGAGAAACUGUCAGUUCUGGUAUACAGUAAGCUCCGCAUAUCCGCGGUUCACUAUUAACAAAUUCACCGAUUCUGCCCCCCCUCCCCCAGAGGAAACUGUCCGCUGAAAAAUAACAUACGUUUUUUUGUGCGCUUUCUGAAACAACCCUUAAAUGCCACAAGAUGGCGCCAAAGCCCAGCGAGUACAGUAAUUGGUGUCAAGGAAGUAUGUCGAAGUGUUUACAUGUACUAAAUAAAUUUCUGGUGCAUUUUUCAAAAUCAAAUCAUUUGCAAGCUGUUGAUAUUUAAGUGACAUAUUGUAAGAUGAGUUUGAAAUUAAAAUUAAGUGUUUCUGGAUCA